AUGACCGAGUUGCCGAGCGCGCAGCGCUCACCAGACAAAGGAACCGGUUUAGGUGUUGCUCAGAUUUUGGAGGAGGCUGAGAGCGUCGCCCAGCAAGCUGAGACUACGAUCGAGGCCAGCGAAGAUGGAGUACCGGAUGAUGGAUAUGAGAGUGACAAUGCCAGCGCGGCGUCCACAUCGCUGUCGUCAAGUGUGAGAGACUACGCUUUUGAGAAUGGGAGGAGAUACCAUAAGUUCCGUGAAGGACAGUAUCAAUUUCCGAACGAUGAGCCAGAGCAAGCCCGCGAAGAUAUGAAGCAUGCUAUGGUUGUCAAUCUUUGCGGCGGCAAAUUACACUAUGCGCCUCUUGAGAAUCCUCAAGAGAUUCUUGAUCUUGGAACUGGAACCGGCAUCUGA